CGCCACUCUUCAUCCCUCUUCUUCAACGCAUCUUCGCAGCCUUCGACGACAACACACCUUGUCUCAUACGCGAAAAUAUCAUCAGUCUCCUUGUCAAUGUUGCUCCUCCAUCAAGCUCUCGUCGAAGAUUAUGACCUGGCUUGACUCACGACGAUCCUGCAACCUCGGACGGCCAACGACUGGCUUUCCUUUGUCCUGAUCCCCAUACCCAUAAGUUAUGCCCCAUGGCAGAAGAUGAUGUCCACGAAGUAACAAUCACCUUUGCACAUUUCAACGACGUCUACCACAUCAGUAACGCGUCCAGAAUCGCGCGCUUCUCUGCCACAGUAUCUGAAACAAAGCCCGAUCUCAUCAUCUUCAGCGGGGACGCGCUCAGCCCCUCCCUUGAGAGCAGCAUCUUGAAGGGGGAGCACAUGGUCCCCGUACUCAAUCACCUUGGCAUAGACGUCGCUUGCUAUGGAAAUCAUGACUUUGACUUCGGCGAACAGCGCUUUACAGAGCUUUCCGCACAGUGCAACUUCCCAUGGCUCCUUUCUAACGCCUUCUCCUUGAGCAAUUCCCUUCUUGCGUCCGCGCACCCUCAUAUCAUCAAACAAGUCGGCCCCCUGCGCGUAGGCUUCUUCGGUCUGGCUGGGACUGACUGGCCUUCCAAUUGCCAACAUCUUCCCUCAGAUACGCACAUUGAAGAUCCAGCAGAAUGUUCAACUCGCAUGGCCGCUCUGAUGCGCGAAGAGUAUAACGUAGACGUCGUAAUCGCUGUCACGCAUAUGCGGAUGGAAGAGGACUUGGAUGUGGUCAGCCGCUGUUUAAGCGUCGAUCUCAUCCUAGGCGGACACGAUCAUGACCACAUGAUUCGUGGCUCUCGGUACACGGAGAGCAAGAACCACGCUGAGGGAGACAUCAAGGUCGUCAAGUCCGGGACGGAUUUUCGCGAGUUCAGCGUUGUGAAGGUACACGUUGAUAAGUGCCAAGACAGCUGGCGUAUCCGAAUGGUCGAAGUCGAUCGCGUACAAGAAAACGACUUCGGAGCAGAAGACCCGCGCACGCUCGCCAUUAUCGCCAACGUAGACCAGCGUAUCGCGUCCCUCUCGCACAAUCGCAUCGCUUACACUGCGGUACCCCUUCACGGGCUCACAUCGCACGUUCGAAGUGCGGAAACGAAUCUCGGCAACUUGCUCGCGGACGCGGUGCGCGCCUACUAUGACACCGACAUCGCGUUCGUCAACUCGGGAAGUAUACGAUGUGAUAGGGUCAUCCCGGUCGGGGCCUUAACAGUGAGGGAUAUAAUAGACAUCGUCCCGUUUGCCAACCCUUGGGUAGUGAAGCAUAUACCUGGGCGACUCAUCCUCCAGGCCCUCGAGAAUUCCGUGUCCGACAUGCGGAGCGAUGGCCGGUUCCUGCAGCUCUCCGGCCUCAACAUCGUCGUCGACUUCAGCCGUGCCGAAGGGCAGCGUAUCUUGUCAGCCCUUCUGUCCUCGGGCGCACCUUUGAAAACCGACACCGCGUACACGGUGACGAUGCAGCGCUUCAUCGCAGAGGGCUUUGAUGGCUACUCCCUCUUUCGUGACGCGGUAAACUUGGUUGAUAGAGAGGCCGCAGUAACGGACACCUCGUUGCUAAUGGCGCUCUUAUCAUCCGAACGUCGACACGGAGCUGACAAGGCCAGCGACGGAAGCGACGAGAGGCUGGUUCGUGCGGCUCGAGCGAUUGUAGUGGGGACGAGGGAGGGAUUGCCAGUUUUGUCGCCGGUGGUGACUGAGAGGAUAAGGACGGUGUAGCGGUGCGAAUCGUCGCUGGAGGUGCGAGGGAUCGCAAAGCGUCGGUGGCGAGGUCACCGAUGCCGCUGUGGCGCGCAAAUUGGACUGCGCGUUGGCGGCCGGGAGCGGUAUAUGGGGGUCAAUUAUAUCCUUGAUUGUGCCGCCCGAGUAGACCCUCUGAAAACAUUGUACUCGAGUAUAUACCUUGCAAUGCCCAUCUUCUUGCUCCCAGA